UUGAUCAAUUUCCUAGGAAAGAUAGCAAAUUAGCAAUUCAUUUGCACAUAUUCCACCUUAACAGUUAACACUUUUUUUCUUGUGAAAAAAUGGAAUUCUCUUCAUUAAACACUAAAUCUCAUCAUAACCAUGCUCGUUCUAAUAGUUUACCUUCUAAACCACACCCUAUAAUUCUACAAUGCAAUGAACAUUUAGCUAGAUUAGGAGGUGCUAAUAGUAAUUCUGAUUCCACCUCCUCCUCUUUAGUCCUCAGCCACAAACUAAACAUCCUUCAAGAUUUGCAUAUAUGCAUUGAAAAAUUGGUUCAACUACCUCUAACACAAGAAGCAUUUGUCAAACAAAGCCAAGAGAAAUGGGUUGAUGAGUUUUUGGAAGGCUCAUUAAGGCUUCUAGAUACAUGCACAGCGACAAAAGACGCACUACUUCACACGAAAGAGUGUGCGCGUGAACUUCAAUCGAUUAUAAGAAGAAGGAGAGGAGGUGAAGCUGAGGUUACAAUAGAGGUUAAGAAAUUCUUGACAUCAAGGAAAGUGGUGAGAAAGGCUAUUUUCAAAGCAUUGGAAAAUUUGAAAGGUAAUGCAAAUAAAUGCAGUUUAUGUAUCAAUAGCAAUAAAGACUAUCAAACUGUGGCAACAGUUAGUUUGUUGAAAGAGGUUGAAAUGAUUACAUUUUCUUUAUUUGAAUCAUUGUUGAUUUUUAUGUGUGGAACACAAUCAAAGAGGAGUAGUUGGUCUUUGGUAUCAAAGCUAAUGAAUAGCAAAAAGGUAUCAAACUCAUUAUCACAAGGUGAAGAUGAGAAUGAGUUUGCAAAAGUGGACACUGCUUUGGAAUUCUUUGCAUUCAACAUGAGAAGCAAGUCAAGUGACAUUGAAAAUUUGCAAAAUAAGUUGGUGAAUUUAGGAUCAUGCAUACAAGAUCUUGAAGAAGGACUUGAAUCUUUGUUUAGGCGUUUGAUUAAAAUCAGAGUUGCCCUUCUCAACAUCCUUAAUCACUAGUUGAAUGAGUUAUGAAACAGAUGCAUUAGAAUUUUGCAACAUAUAUUGCAUCUUUUCUGUAUAAUACAAUUGUAGAUAAUGUGUUAUGUACCUGUUACUUCGAUGGUAAAAAGUUCAUCAAAUGACAUGAAUGUAUAAUUGUAAAAUUUUUAUUUCAAAGUCUUGACCAUUUUUCAAAGUCUCA